GAAGAGAGCUGUAGUAAAGAAAGCAACUUGAUGUGCGUCUUCUGCAGAGAUUAUGGAGUUCACAAGGGACACGCUCAUGUGCUUAUCGAACGCGAAACAGAUGAGUUGCGUGAGAAACUGCAGGAAUCCAUUUCAGAACUCUCCAAAUCGCUAUCGAAAAUCGAUUCUUGGAGGCGACGUAUGCAAACGUACUCAAUUUCCGUGAAGAUAGUGUUGGCAAAGUACUCCAGAGUCGCCAACGAGUUGUCUAACAGGGAGCGAGGGCCAUUUGGUGAAGCUCUUAUGCAG